UUCUUCCCAAACGUAUGUGUUGCUAUUUCUUUACUAUUUUAUAUUUUCCAUUUCCAUAUUGUUCGCCAAAAGGAAGAAGCAUUUGCAUAUUGUAGAGAGAGAAAGGGAGAGAGAGAGAGAGAGAGAGAGAGAGAUUAGAAGUGUCUCUUGGGAGAGGGGAGAGAACCAAAACCAAACCCUAGAUUUCAUUUGCUGCUCAAAACACAAGAUACUUUCCUAUUUUUUUUUUGGUUGCUUUUGAUUUCUCAUUUCUUCUGAUCCGAAACGGCACCGAGGAAAGAUUCGGAUUUUGUUCUCUAGCAGGUUCUUGCUUUGAAAUUAACUGGUUAGUGUUUCCAAUGAUGCUAUUGAUGUGAUCUCCUUUAAGGAUCGUGGACAAUUUUCUCGUCAUUUUGAAGAGAGAAAACAAUCUAGGGUUUUGGUUUAUUGUUAGCUCUGAGAUCUUUGAUUUGGGGUUAAUUCAAAUACCCAUUAGAAAAAGUGGUUAAAAAUGAUGUCCAGAUCGUAUACCAAUCUUUUAGAUCUAGCUUCGGGGAAUUUCCCCAUAAUGAUUCGUGAGAAGAAACGACUUCCGCGUGUAAUGACCGUCCCUGGGAUUAUAUCUGAGCUUGAUGAUGAUCAGGCUAAUAGUGUGUCGUCUGACGUCCCGUCCUCGAUCAUUCAGGACCGAAUAAUCAUUGUUGGUAAUCAACUUCCUGUAAAAGCUAAGCGUCGACCCGACAAUAAAGGUUGGAGUUUUAGUUGGGACGAGGACUCGUUGCUAUUGCAGCUAAAGAGUGGUCUGCCUGAUGAUAUGGAGGUUUUGUAUGUAGGGUCUUUGAGGGUCGAUGUCGAUUUAAAUGAACAGGAUGAUGUUUCACAGCUUUUAUUGGAUAGGUUUAAGUGUGUUCCAGCAUUUUUACCACCCGACAUUUUGUCAAAAUUCUACCAUGGGUUCUGUAAGCAACAUUUGUGGCCACUUUUUCAUUACAUGCUUCCUUACUCGGCAAAUCAUGGAGGACGGUUUGACCGAUCUUUAUGGGAGGCGUAUGUUGCGGCGAAUAAGAUUUUUUCACAAAGGGUGAUUGAGGUUAUAAAUCCAGAAGAUGAUUAUGUUUGGAUUCAUGAUUACCAUUUGAUGGUGUUGCCCACCUUCUUGAGGAGGAGAUUCAAUAGACUCAGGAUGGGGUUUUUUCUUCACAGCCCAUUUCCUUCAUCUGAAAUAUAUAGGACUCUACCUGUGAGGGAAGAGAUACUCAAGGCGCUUUUGAACUCAGACCUCAUUGGUUUCCACACUUUUGAUUAUGCUCGUCAUUUCUUGUCAUGUUGUAGUCGGAUGUUGGGUCUGGAGUAUCAAUCAAAGAGGGGUUAUAUUGGGUUGGAAUAUUAUGGGAGGACGGUUGGGAUUAAGAUCAUGCCUGUUGGGAUCCAUAUGGCGCAGAUUGAGUCAGUUUUGAGACAUGCAGAUAAUGAGUGGAGAACUGAGGAGCUCAAACGGCAGUUUGAAGGUAAGACUGUUUUGCUUGGAGUUGACGAUAUGGACAUCUUUAAAGGUGUCAAUUUGAAGCUGUUGGCAAUGGAACAGAUGCUGAAGCAGCAUCCGAAGUGGCAGGGGAGGGCAGUUUUGGUUCAAAUUGCAAAUCCUGCUAGGGGUAGAGGGAAAGACCUCGAGGAAAUACAGGCUGAAAUACAGGCAAGCGUCAAGAGAAUCAGUGAAAACUUUGGCAGACCAGGUUAUGAACCAAUUGUUUUCAUUGAUAGACCAGUCUCUCUCAGUGAAAGAGCUGCAUAUUACGCAAUUGCUGAAUGUGUUGUGGUCGCAGCGGUAAGGGACGGAAUGAAUCUUACCCCCUAUGAGUACAUUGUAUGUAGGCAAGGAGUCUCCAGUUCAGAUUCUAAUCCUGAGGUCAGUGGCCCGAAGAAGAGCAUGCUGGUAGUGUCAGAGUUCAUUGGAUGUUCCCCUUCCCUGAGCGGUGCAAUUCGGGUUAACCCAUGGAAUAUUGAAGCAACUGCUGAAGCAAUGAACGAGGCAAUUUCUAUGGCUGGUGCUGAGAAGCAAUUGCGCCAUGAAAAGCAUUAUAGGUAUGUCAGCACACAUGAUGUGGCGUACUGGGCCAAAAGCUUUUUCCAAGAUAUGGAACGAUCAUGUAAAGACCAUUUCAGAAGACGUUGCUGGGGAAUUGGUUUGAGCUUUGGGUUCAGGGUUGUGGCUCUUGAUCCCAACUUUAGAAAGUUGUCAAUUGAUGCCAUUGUCUCUGCAUAUUCGAGAUCUAAAAACAGGGCUAUACUGUUGGAUUAUGACGGUACCUUAGUGCCUCAAACAUCUAUCAAUAAGGCCCCGAGUCAGGCAGUUUUUUCCAUCAUAAAUAUGCUUUGCGCUGAUGCUAAAAACUCCGUUUUUAUGGUUAGUGGGAGGGGAAGAGACAGCUUGGCCAAUUGGUUUUCUCCUUGCAAAAAACUUGGGAUUGCUGCCGAACAUGGUUACUAUGUGAGGUGGUCCGCUGAAGAGGAUUGGGAAGUUUGCGGGCAGGGUAAUGACUUUGGAUGGAUACAGAUAGCUGAGCCAGUUAUGAAACUGUACACAGAAGCCACAGAUGGUUCUUCCAUUGAAAGGAAGGAGAGUGCGAUAGUUUGGCACCAUCGUGAUGCAGACCCAAGUUUUGGGUCCUGCCAAGCUAAGGAGAUGUUGGACCAUCUAGAAAGUGUUCUGGCAAAUGAGCCAGUUGCCGUAAAAAGUGGUCAGUUUAUCGUAGAAGUAAAGCCACAGGGAGUCAGUAAAGGCGUGGUUGCGGAAAAGAUUUUCACAACAAUGGCUGAGAGUGGAAGGCAGGCUGAUUUUGUACUGUGUAUUGGUGACGACAGAUCUGAUGAGGACAUGUUCGAGAUUAUUGGCAGUACUUUGUCAAGUGGCAUCCUUUCCUCUAGCACAUCUGUCUUUGCUUGCACUGUUGGACAGAAACCAAGUAAAGCCAAAUACUACUUGGAUGAUGCAUCUGAAGUCAUGAACAUGCUUGAAGCUCUUGCAGAAGCGUCGGAUCCCGAACCUUCCCCAGAAUCUGGAUCGCCAAGUUCUUCUCCUUGAAAUCUUCUUCCCUCCACGGCUUUCAGAAAACACAAGGAAGACCCUUUCUUUUGUUUUAGCCGUGUCUGGAAGUGGCGUUGGUGGAGAUAUUCGACGACUUUUUGCCUGAUUUGUGGACAUUCUGGGAAGCAAAGAGAACUAUGGAACCUUUUCUGUGAUAAAACGGUCGUCAUAAUUCGUUGGGUGUUUCGGCAUUUGCUCCAAGAUAAACAGUUACCUGAAGAGGUUAAUGACACCUAUGAACUUUAUUUGCAAAAAACUGACUUGGAAUUGGGAAGGAACACAAUAUCCCCUAGUAAUAUUUGCACCAUUUAUACUUAAAAGACAACCAAGUCUGCCGAUUGGUGAAAUAGUCAAGUCUUGACAUGGGCAGAGCAACUGUGGUUUAGAAUCCAGCAGGAGAGAGUUUUAACUUUUUAACAGUUGGAAGAUGAGAUGCUGGUAGUAGCAAAGCAAGCUCUGUUGGUAAGGUAGAUUUCUAUUGGAAAGGAACAGUAUACUUUUUUUUUUCUUUUGUUUUUUUUUUUUUUUAAUAAUUAUUGGCUUGAAUGUGCUUUGCCAUUUGUUCUCAGAUCGAUUCCUUUGCUUAUUGAAUCUGUAAAUUAUAUAGCGAAAUUUGCAAUUUAGCUUUUAAUGCCAUUACUUUUUUGUAC